AUGUCGAAGGUAGGUGAAGGCAUACGCAAGGUGCAGGACACCCUCCAGGGCUUGUAUCCUCAGGACAAAAAGUUGGCAGACCUUGCAAAGGACACCACGGAUAUCCACGCAGCUGGAUCUAUCACGACCGAUCAUGGAACAAAGGUCGAAAACACCGAUGAGUGGCUGAAGGCUUCUGAUAGCACGAACUCUGGCCCGUCAAUGCUGGAAGAUCAGAUUGCCCGAGAGAAAAUUCACCGUUUUGAUCACGAACGUAUCCCAGAGCGUGUUGUCCAUGCUCGCGGGACGGGCGCUUUCGGCCAUUUCAAGCUCUUUGAGAGUGCUGCAGACGUAACUUCGGCGGCUGUUCUAACGGACACCUCUCGCACCACGCCCGUGUUCGUCCGGUUUUCCACCGUCCAAGGAAGUAAAGGGAGCGCAGACACCGUCCGAGAUGUUCGUGGGUUUGCCGUUAAGUUUUACACUGAUGAAGGCAACUGGGAUCUCGUGGGAAAUAACAUCCCCGUGUUCUUCAUUCAGGAUGCUAUCAAGUUCCCAGACUUUGUGCAUGCCGUCAAGCCAGAGCCUCACAACGAGGUGCCUCAGGGCCAAACAGCCCACAACAACUUUUGGGACUUUGUGUAUCUCCACUCGGAGGCAACCCAUAUGUUCAUGUGGGCCAUGUCUGAUCGAGCAAUUCCACGGUCAUAUCGUAUGAUGCAAGGAUUCGGGGUCAACACUUAUGUGUUUAUCAACAAGGAAGGGAAACGCCACUUUGUGAAGUUCCACUGGACACCGGAGCUUGGUGUCCAUUCACUGGUCUGGGAUGAAGCUCUCAAGAUCUGUGGCCAGGAUCCUGAUUUUCACAGAAAGGACUUGAUGGAAGCCAUUGACAAUAAGGCCUAUCCCAAAUGGAAGCUGGGAAUCCAAGUGAUCCCUGAAGAGAAGGAGCAUGAUUUCGAGUUUGAUAUACUUGAUGCAACUAAAAUCUGGCCAGAGGACAUGGUCCCAGUCAGAUAUAUCGGUGAGAUGGAGCUGAACCGUAACAUUGACGAAUUCUUCCCUCAAACGGAGCAAGUGGCUUUCUGUACCAGCCACAUUGUUCCGGGUAUCGAUUUUUCAAACGAUCCUCUCCUGCAAGGUCGAAACUUUUCUUACUUCGAUACCCAGAUCUCCCGUCUUGGAGUUAACUGGGAGGAACUGCCGAUCAAUCGUCCAGUCUGUCCAGUCAUGAACCAUAACCGAGAUGGACAAAUGCGUCACAAAAUUACGCAGGGCACUGUCAACUACUGGCCGAACAGGUUCGAGGCAUGUCCUCCUGCAGCCGUUGCGGAGGGUGGAUUCCAUUCCUUCCCAGAAAAGAUAAUGAGCAUCAAGCAGCGAACUCUCAGCAAGAAGUUCCGCGAGCACAUCAAUCAAGCUCAGCUGUUCUAUAACUCGCUUUCACCAUACGAAAAACAGCAUGUUCAUAAUGCCCUUGCCUUCGAAUUGGAUCACUGCGAUGACCCAACUGUCUACACCAGAGUGGUUGAACGUUUAGCUGAAAUCGAUCUCGGUCUUGCGAAGGCUGUUGCGCCUCUUGUCGGAGCAGAGACGCCAGAAAUGUCCCCUCGGCCAAACAAGGGGCUGAAGUCGAUUAAUCUCAGCCAAGCAGAGAUUAACGAGAACCAUCCUCAGGUUGUCACAGACCUUCCAACAAUUAAAUCUCGACGUAUCGCCAUAUUAAUCGGAGAUGGAUAUGAUCCUGUGGCAUUUGUCUCUGCCAAAACAGCGAUUAAAGCAGCUGGCGCCCUGCCCUUCAUCAUUGGAACCAAACGCCAGCCCAUCUUUGCGGCACAUCAGCAUAAAGAAACUGACAAGGGUGUUACCCCCGACCACCAAUAUGACGGUAUGCGAUCCACCAUGUUCGACGCGACCUUCAUUCCUGGAGGGGAGCAUAUCCGAAUCCUGGGUAAGAUUGGCCAGAUCCGAUAUUGGAUUGCGGAGUCAUUCGGUCACCUGAAGGCCAUCGGUGCCACCGGUGAUGCGGUCAACCUACUCGCCCAGGUGCUGGGUAACGAUGUGCCGCAGCUUGAGUUUGCGGAUUCCUCCUCUGCCGGGGUCGUGGAGAGCUAUGGUGUUGUUACUAGCUGUAAAUUGCACGAACCCGAGAGUUUGACGGAGGGUAUCAGAAUAUUCAAGGACGCUACUGAUUUCUUGGGGAAGUUCUUCUACCACAUCUCGCUGCAUAGGAAUUAUGAGAGGGAGAUGGAUGGGCUGGCUGCUACGCUUGCUUGGUAA